AUGCUCUCUCCAAAUGCGGCCUUGAUCACAAUUAAUUACAUCCUCUUCUUUUCCGUCCACAAUAUAGCAGCGCAUACAGCAGCGCAUAUAGCAGCGCAUACAGCAGCGCCUAUAGCAGCGCCUAUAGCAGCGCAUACAGCAGCGCAUAUGGCAGCGCAUACGGCAGCGCAUACGGCAGCGCAUACGGCAGCGCAUACGGCAGCGCAUACGGCAGCGCAUACAGCAGCACAUACAGCAGCGCAUACAGCAACGCAUACAGCAACGCAUACAGCAACACCUACGGCUACACCUACGGCUGCACCUGCAGCUAAAAAGCGCGGCCGGCCGCCUGGUGCAAAGGAUAAGGUACCACGAAAAAAGGCACGAGCUCAGAGGCAAGAUAGUACUCAGCCUACGCCUCAGCCUACGCCUCAGCCUCAGCCUCAGGCACAGAGGCUUAGCCGAGAGGAGCUUCUACGUGAGCUUGCGACGUAUGAUGAAGAUAUUGAGGCGGAAAUUGACCGAGAUAUUGAGCAGGCGGAGGCGGUGAUGCGAGGGGGCUAG